GUCAUCAGCCGGCUGUCGAAACGUUGCCCCUUCCAAAGUAUUCAUAUCCACAUAUCCUCUUUUUGCCACGCGUUUUUUCCCAAUCCGCCAAAACAUUGCCCACUAAAAUCCAACACGCCCGGGAAACCCACACACGCCACGCACGUGCAGGAUGACCCGCAAAACCUGAGCGUGGGUCCGAAUUCCGCACUCGAGAGCGUACACUCCAUUCCCCUCAUCCUCGGUUUAAUUUUGAUUUGUUUUUUACGAGGCAAAUGACACUGAGGGAGGAGACUGAGUCAGGCGUUUAAGAAUCGUUCAGCUGCUCAACGCUUAUCUCGCCCAGAAACACCACAAGCUGCUACACGAACAAGAACGCCAAAACCAAUUUAAUUUAAUUCAAAAAGUUUUCAUCUUUUUUCUUUUCUUUCUUUUUUUGUUUGGUAAACCUAUCGAAGAUAUCGAAAUGGAUCGAAAAGCUCUCGACUUCGACCUCAAGGCCUUGCUUUCCUACGCCUCCACUAACGUCACUGGCUUUCCUCCCUCUCCCUCUAAUUUCACAGUCUCGAAGUUUGGGCAUGGGCAAUCGAACCCGACGUAUAAGCUGGAGGUGAGUUCGGGGGCGUCGCUGAAACGCUACGUUUUGAGAAAGAAGCCUGCGGGGAAGUUGCUCCCGUCUGCUCAUGCCGUCGAGAGAGAGUUCCAGGUUCUUCAGGCAUUGGGUACUCAUACACUGGUUCCGGUUCCUAAGGUGUUCUGUUUGUGUUCCGACCCAAGCGUGAUUGGAACACCGUUUUACAUCAUGGAGUUUUUGGAAGGACGCAUUUUUCUCGACCCCAAGCUACCGGGUGUAACACCUGAGAAGAGGAGGGCACUUUACCAAGCAACGGCAAAAGCUUUAGCAUCCCUACAUUCUGCUGAUGUUGAUGCCAUUGGUCUAGGAAAAUAUGGGCGCCGCGACAACUAUUGUAAACGGCAGGUAGAGAGGUGGGCAAAGCAAUAUAUUGCCUCCACUGGUGAGGGCAAGCCCAAGAGGAAUCCAAAGAUGUUUGAGCUGAUUGAUUGGUUACAGCAGCACAUUCCUCUUGAAGAUUCUUCAGGAGCUGCAGCUGGCUUAGUUCAUGGGGACUUUCGCAUUGACAAUCUUGUGUUUCAUCCUAUUGAGGAUCGAGUCAUUGGCAUUCUUGACUGGGAAUUGUCUACUCUUGGAAACCAAAUGUGUGAUGUUGCGUACAGCUCUUUGCCUUACAACGUGGACCUUGGGGUUGAACAUGGUGAAGGUUUGGAACAGACUGGGGUUCCAGAAGGGAUUCCGUCUCAGGCACAGUAUGUGGCAGAAUACUGCUCUUCAUCUGGAAAGCCAUGGCCAUCUUCGGAGUGGAAGUUCUAUAUUGCCUUUUCUUUAUUUCGUGGAGCAUCAAUUUAUGCAGGGAUAUAUAGUAGAUGGAUCAUGGGUAAUGCUUCAGGAGGAGAGAGUGCCCAGCAUGCAGGGGAAAGAGCUAAUUUCAUUAUAGACUUUGCAUGGGAAUUUAUUAGACGAGAAUCUGUGCUUCCCAAGCAUCCUCCAUCAGACUACUUGAAAAGAUCUGGACAAGAAAGUGAAGAUCAAGUAUUUUCAAAAGGGGGAGGGAAGUUUGUCCCAGGUAAAAGGGUUUUGGAAUUGAGAAACAGGUUGUUAAAGUUCCUGGAAGAUCACAUAUAUCCCAUGGAAAAGGAAUUCUACAAACUUGCUGAGUCUACCUCACGUUGGACAGUCCAUCCAGAGGAGGAGAGGUUAAAGGAGCUAGCAAAGAAAGAAGGCCUAUGGAACUUAUGGAUACCUUUUGAUAGUGCUGCCAGGGCCAGAAAAUUGAUUUUUGAUGGAAGCAAUCAUCUUCUAUCGGAGAAUACCUACGAUCGCUUAUUGGGCGCAGGUCUUUCAAACCUCGAAUAUGGAUAUCUUUGUGAGAUCAUGGGUCGUUCUGUUUGGGCUCCACAAGUGUUCAAUUGUGGUGCACCUGACACGGGAAAUAUGGAGGUAUUGUUGCGGUAUGGGAGCAAAGAGCAGCUACUUGAAUGGCUUCUUCCUUUGCUUGAGGGAAAAAUCAGGUCAGGAUUCGCAAUGACGGAACCUAGAGUUGCAUCCUCUGAUGCAACCAAUAUCGAGUGUUCUAUUAAAAGACAAGGAGAUUCAUACAUAAUCAACGGAAUAAAAUGGUGGACAAGUGGCGCUAUGGAUCCGAGGUGCAGACUUCUUAUAGUUAUGGGAAAAACCGACUUCAAUGCUGCCAUGCAUAAGCAGCAAUCUAUGAUCUUAGUGGAUAUCCAAACUCCAGGUGUACACAUAAAGAGACCACUUACAGUUUUCGGCUUUGAUGAUGCACCUCAUGGGCAUGCAGAAGUACUAUUUGAGAAUGUACGUGUCCCAGCAAAGAAUAUUCUACUAGGAGAAGGACGUGGGUUUGAGAUUGCACAGGGUAGACUAGGCCCAGGAAGGUUGCACCAUUGCAUGAGACUGAUGGGAGCUGCUGAGCGUGGCAUGCAGAUAAUGGCUCAAAGGGCUCUUAGUAGAAAAGUUUUCGGGAAGUUGAUUGCUGAACAGGGCUCAUUUCGUUCAGAUAUUGCAAAGUGUCGAAUAGAGCUAGAGAAAACCAGAUUGUUGGUUCUGGAGGCAGCUGAUCAACUUGAUAGACUUGGAAACAAAAAAGCCCGAGGAACUUUAGCAAUGGCAAAGGUAGCAGCCCCAAACAUGGCGCUGAUGGUGCUUGACAUGGCAAUGCAAGUGCAUGGCGCUGCUGGCUUGUCAUCCGACACUUGUCUGGCUCAUCUUUGGGCCACGGCAAGAACACUGAGAAUAGCAGAUGGUCCAGAUGAAGUCCACUUGGGUACUAUUGCCAAGUUAGAACUUCAGAGAGCUAAACUCUGAAACUCUCAGGACAAAACACCCACAAAACAAACAAGAUCCUUUUUUCCCCAAUAGGCAAAUACUGCAUCAAAACUAAUCUCAUUGAUGUCAAAAUAAAUUUUAUGUACAAGGAAAAACAAUUUAGGGGAGAAGCGUGCAGCCGAUCUAUUAAUGUACCCUCCAUGAUUCUCUCUUACAUCUUUAUAGAAAUUUCAAUCUCUUUUUGUUUUAUUUGGAAUA